GAGGUAAAAUAUUUAUGAGCAAAUGACAUAAAGAAUUUACUAUACAAAAUUUUUAAUAUUGUUAUUGUAAUUUCGGAUGGCUAACAACAAUGGAAUGCCAGGCAAACUGAGGGUGUGGUUUACGAUUUACAUAAUUUAAAUAGGAAGGUAAAAUUUGUAAAGUUUUAUAUCUGUUCUAGGAGAGUAGAGCUGAAAUGGAAAUUCGAUCUUCUCAUCUGGAUCCUGAGGAGAUGUUGUCAGCUUUACGGAACGCUGACCAGAGGGCUGUAGAUAUUGCUAACACUGUCAUACGAUUGAAUAAACAGUUGACAGCACUACAAAACAAACAAAAUUUAUCUGAUUCUGAGAAGAACGAAAUGUGUAUCAUUGAAAAAUCCCUCGAAGAAACUUGUAGUGAGUAUAGAACCACAGUAAAACAAACUUUAAACUUAGCUGAGAUGGUUAAUUUUGAUUUGAAAAAUCUCGAAUAUCGCAAGAUUAACAUGAGCAAAUACAUAAACGUUAACGCGAAUACAGAUGUAUUGACAGCAGUUAGAGGAAUAAAAGCAGAUUCUGUACCAGAAAUGUUUAAGUUAGAAAAAGGUCUGACACCGCAUAAUUUAUUUAUGUGUGACCGACUAAUACAAAACCAAAGUUCUUGGUCAACAGAUAGUAAUGAAAACGAAUCGGAUUGCUCAUGCAGCUCAGGAUCAAAUGAUGUGACUAGUAGUAGCCCCAAGGAUACUACAAAUGUCGAAAAACAACCGAAAUGUAAUACCCAGUCUACAAACAAGUUAAUGGUAGAUUUGGAAAGAGAAAAUGUUAGAGAUGAACUUAUGUUAAUGAAAGGUGAAAUGAAAAUAGUUCUUCAACAAAACCGUAAACUACUCAAUAAGCUGAAUUGCGCGAACGAAAGAACACUCGUUUUGUCAAAAGCAUUGCGAAGCAAGUUCCCAAUGUUCGAGUGCGGAGAAAAUGCUGAUGACGAAGAUGAAGAAAACAAGGAAAAAGCAAAAUAUAAAUCAAAAAUGCAAACACUUAUGAACGAGAUCGAUCGUUUGCGUUGUGAACUGAAAGAAGUUAAUCGUGAUCGUUGUCAAAUAGAACUAGCCAGGAAAGUGUUAAAUAUAUCUGAUACUCGAUGUGCGAAUUGCGUAGGAUUGUCGGAAGACGACGUACAGUGUAGUUUGAAACUUAAACAUUUAACCGAAGUUAAUGCGAAAUUAUCAGCAGAAAAUGAUGCUAAAACAGCCGAAAUCAUGGACUUGCGGCAAGAACUUGCUCGUGUAAAGCAUGACUAUGAGACUUAUGAAGAACGUCUAAAUAUGAGUAAAAUACAGGUGACUCAACUUGAACAAAAAUUGUUUGAGUUAAAUUCAGCAAAAUCAGUGGAUCCAGAAUUAGAGCAUUCAAAUAAUAAGUAUAUAAUUGAAAAUCUAAAACAUCAAUUACAAGUAACUAAUGAUGAUAAAACAAACCUCCAAAUGGUUUUGGAUUAUCAUCUAACUGAAUUGGAGGACAAAAAAUCUAAGUACUUAGCGGUACUUCAAACAAACGAAGAACAAAAACUCAGAAUUGAAAUGUUGUGUAAAGAGAAAAAAACGAUAUCAACAGAACUGGAAGCUGAACUCAAUCGUAUGAAAGAACAGUUUAACAAAUGUCUCAAAGAAGUGAAAACCUUACCAGGUGCUUUGGCUGCUUCACAGGCUGAAUUAGAAAAAGAAAGAAGUUUAAAAGAGAUGGUUGAAAAAGAACGAGAUCAUUAUGCCAGUGAAAUAACUUCCUUGAAAAAAGCUGCUGAUACGGAAGACUACUCAUUAAAUGUUGAAAAGUACAAAAAACUUGAAGAAGAAAACAGGCAACUGAAAGCCACGGUGAUGACUUUAGAAGAUGCUUUAAGCAUAAACAAGCAACAAUAUAAGGAGCGCACUCACUAUGCGUUGCAGUUGAAGGAACACUUAGACACGGUCAGACAAGAGGCUGCCAUACAGGUGACGAAAAUCAAAGAUUUUGCUGAAUGCCAGAGAGCUAAGUCUAUAGAAGAAAUACACAAGUUAGAACAACAAUUGGCUGAAACGCGAGCAAUGACUUGUUGUGAAUAUAAAAGACGUGAUAACAUCGAAGAACAAAUGAAAAAGCACGUGUUAACGUUAACUACAAACUUAAACGAAGCACAAAAACAGGUUGAAAAGCUCCAAUGGGUAAAACAAUUUAUAGAAACAAAUGAUAAAGACUUUUGCAAGAAACCGCGGGACUUGACCGACGACUACCAAGUUCCCAGUAGUUUAGAAAUACCAUGAACAUUUAUUACCGGUUAAAAAGUUAGCCAUUUCUAUGUUGUUAAAACACUAAGUCAAUUUUCAUUAUUUAUUUCUUGUUAAACUACGAUAAGU